AUGGAGAACUUCCAUCCGAACAUAUGUCAGAAAUGGGAAAUCGUGAAUGACGCGGACCCUGACGGCCUUUACCGAACAGCUACCAGACGUUGUGGAUGCGGCGACCUUGACAAUGAUUCAAGGUCUGUUUUUUCUCGGGUUACUAUCCCCUUGCUCUUGACCAUCGGCGCACUAGCACUACGGAUGACGAUUGAUGGCGAUCGCGAAGACUAUGCCGAUGUACAGAGUGCAAACAAAGCAGAUGGAAACGGAGUUCAAGGAAGGAAACCGAGGGAACGCAUGUGGUAUCUGGACUAUGCUCGCAUUCUUUGCGUCGCCUGUGUGGUGUCCGAGCAUUCCGGCGGUGAACUUUUUUCCGAUCGAAACGUUAUGUGGGUGCAGCAGUGGGUGGUGCCUUUCCUUUAUGUCGUCAGUGGUAUUGCUUUCAUGCUGUCCAAAACCGGCAUUCUCAAAUACGAGUUUCGCCUUUUCUUGGUUCUUGCUAUUGGGACAACUGCAAAUGCAGUUGCCGAGAUGGUGAAUGGGAAAGACCCGGUGGCACGCCCAGGGUGGACCAUGUAUCAGAUGGCUUACGUGGCAGUAAUCAUGAUAGUCAGUGCCCUCGUCGUGCCAAUCAAGGAGGUCUUGAAGUGGAGAGCUGAGAACCCCUGCGCUGCAACUCCAUGGCGGCUCAGAAUGAUUGCAGCGGUUUACGGCCUUUUGGCAACAGCGUCUUUGGUACUCUUCGUAGGAGGCUUCAGCUUCAUCACGGACGGGGAGUCCUUGCGCCAAUCUGGUGCUGGUGGAGCAACAGUGAUCCUCGAAGCGCCGAUGUUCCUCUCUCGGACCUUUGGCCUUUUCUUUUUGGUAUCGCUCACUGCCUGCUGGGGCUAUUGCAGCUCUGCCGGCUGGAUCUUAAUUCUGCUCAGCUACGCUACUCAUGCCAUGAUUCCCUACAACAAGGGUGGGCAUCCGCUGAGUCCUGAUCUUUUCCUCAUAGGCAUGGUUACGUACGAGUGGCCACUGAAAUACAAAACACAGAUUGCAUCGAACCUUCGAAGCUAUUGGCCAGUGGUUCUUGCGGUCAUUCUGCUUUGCAGCAUGCCACAAGUCAGCGGACGCUGUGAUCUGCAUCCCAUGCACACUACCUGGGAGCGAUCUCGCUUUCGCUUCGUGGAGGCAGUUCUUGUUAUUGGCUUGGUCACUGGCGCUUUCCGUGCAGAUGACCCACAUGGUAUUACACCUUGGAUGAACCUGUGGUCGCUGUACGCAUAUUGCUUUCAUGUGGCUUGGGCAAGGAUGCUCCCGAAACCUUAUGGAGCUGUGGUGACCUACGGUAGCAUCCCGCUCUUCUACGUUUGUCACAAGAUGAGGAGGCGUCGCCACCUUGCUGAACCUGAAACCGAGCUGGGCUCAAGUUCCUGGGAUCGACUGAAGCCACAGCGCAAGAGCUGGGCCGCGUUUUCAAAGCGGGGGCUCGACUGCAAAGCAGUCCGGUCCAGGAGUCACGGAGUGCCAAUUCUACUGCCAGUGCCGAAGGUUGAAAUGCUGCUGGAUCAGAAUCCAUGCAGCAAGUUGCCAUUUGCAACCUUCAACAGCAAGGGACUGAGCUCCUGGGGAAGCAACCUUCUAGGUCAAGCCUCCGAACAGCUGGGCCCAGCUGCUGCUGCUGCGGCUGCUUCGAUUCGAUCUGGAGUGAAAGAAGUGAAAAAGUCAGUGAAGGAAAACUUGGGCACUGUCCCCAGCUUCACCAGCGCCAGCUUUUCUGGACAAAGUCAUCACCUGCAGGGUGUCAAUGGCACCCCUGCGAGGGAUGUGACCGAGGUUGCCUUUCUGGCUGAAGGAGCUUUUGGUGCAGUCAUGAAGGUCUCCUGCAACAGGACGGCAGAGACUUUUGCGCUGAAGAAAAUCAGUUGCAUGGAGGGUGUUCAGGUUGCGAGCAGUUUCGAUGCAGCAGAGCGAGAGGCCAAGAUCCUCAGUGAGCUUCCUGCCCACAACAAUAUCAUUCGCUGCUUUGGCUAUUCCAUACAGAAGAGCGCAGGUGGAGGAACUGUGAAGGUCCUUCUGGAACUUUGCCAUGGGCAUUUGCUGGACUUCCAGGACUCCAAAGGCGGGAAACUAUCGCCGAAGGAGAUGAUGGAGCCGUUUGUGCAGAUCACAGAAGCUGUGAGGCACUUGCAUGCACAAAAGCCCCCAAUCCAGCACCGUGACUUGAAAGUGGAGAAUAUCCUCAAGGGCAGCGACGGUUACUGGAAGCUUUGCGAUUUUGGCUCCUGUAGCACAGACUGCUUUGCAGCAGAAUUGCCGCGACCGCAGCUUCAACGUUUACAGGAUGAAAUCGAUAAGACGGUGACGAUGCUCUACAGGCCUCCAGAGAUGGCGGAUGUUCAGCUCAACAGCAGAAAGGGAUACACCAUUUCGGAGCAGGUGGACAUUUGGAUGCUGGGUUGUAUCCUCUUCACACUUGCUUUCUAUCGACAUCCAUUCCAGGACAAUGCGACAGCUAUGGCAAUUUUCAAUGCAAAGUACUUCAUUCCUUCUGACCAUCCAAUGGCAAGGAGCGCCAAACUGUGCGCCUUGAUACAUUGGUUGCUUGCUCCUGAUCCCAAGGACCGGCCGCCUGCCCCAAGGGUACUGCAGGCAUGCCGAGACAUUGGGAAGUCUGAAUACGAAGACUAUGUGCAGGCAAUGCCAGCUUCAGUAAGGGAAAAGAUAUUGCAACACGAGAGGAUCUAUGGAGCCAGGAGUUCGAAGGAGCCGCCGAAAGAGUGGGACCUGAAGAAUCUGCCUGUGGCCGCCAAUGUUUCCUCAACUGCUUCCUCUGCCACUUCAGCAAAGAAGCCCAAGGAGAGCUCUGCGGGGUUUGAUGUGAGGUUUGCGCUGGCGGAGGGCGCAGGUGGCUAUCCUGGUCAAUCUCAAGCGUCCAAGCCAGCCAAGGCAAGCCUGCAGGAGGAUUUGCUAUCGCUGGAUGCUGGAGGCCCUGUUGGUGGUGGAGGCUUACACCAUGCGACCUCUGCUCCCGCUGUGGAUCUACUAGACAUGUCCACCACUCCGUCUCGGGCGAAGAGCGCCCCGGCUAUGGCGGCUGCAGGUGACAAUCUCUUAGCGUUCGCAGAUUUCAGUAGUAUGCCCUCGCAACAGGUCGUGAAUCACACGCCCAAUGCAGGACCGACUGUUUCAUCUGCACCGGAUUUUGCAGACUUUGGAUCUGCACCGAGUUUUGAUGCGUUUGCUCCCAGCAGUACGGGGCAGGCUUUCCCCGCUCAAAGCUCUGGGAAGGGGCAGUCGGCAGACUUGCUGGAUCUCAUGUGA